AUGCGACAGCUGGCGCGCGACCUUCCAGGGCUGAGCCUCGCGCUAUCCCUCCACGCGCCCACGCAGGAACUCCGCCAGAAGAUCGUCCCCUCAGCGAAGAAUGUGCCCAUGGAAGAGCUCUUGGCCGCCAUGGACCUGCACUUGGAGACGAAGACGGCACGUGCCAUGAUUGAGUACGUGCUCCUGGCCGACGUCAACGACACCGACGACUGCGCCAAGGAGUUGGGUCAGCUUUUGGCUCCACGAGCCCGCAAGGUCAUGGUGAACCUCAUUCCCUACAAUCCGGGCGCCUCGUCCAUGCCGGACGGCUUCCGUGCGCCGCAGCAUCAGCGCGUGGAACGCUUUCAGCAAAUCCUCGCAAACUGCAGCAUCAUGACUGCCGGGCAACACAACCAUGGCCGCAAUUGUUAUUCUAAAGCUUGUAUUCAGGCUUCAUCUAGAGGGUUUCAAUCGGGUUUUCAAUUGGUUGUCUAUGAGGGUUCGCAGCGGGAUUUGUUCCGGGCUUCGGCUUCUUCUAUAAGAUUUAAACCGGGUAUGACUUCCGUAGAACUGGGCGAAAUCUUACUAGAUUCCCCAGCGUUACCCUCCUGCGUAUAA